CAGGUGAUUCACUAGUGGGAAGAGAUAACGUGACGUCACAUACUUUUUUAUAUUUUUAUAUAUAAAUUAUUUAUAACAAUAAAUAGAAUGAAAUUGCUACUUUUAUUCACAUUUGCCCUUGUUGGCUGUGUAUUGUCAAUGCCAGUGGAUGAAGUCAAGCCAAAAGAGGAACCAGCAAAAGAUGAAGUUCCAUUAGUAAUUGCUGACUAUUCAUCCGUGUCACAAGAAAGUAAACCAGCAGCUGACGCUCCAUUGCCAGCAAGUUCUGAAGCACCCGCUGCCCCACCAGCAGCCCUUGGUGAUCAACCUGCUGCUUCUCCAGUACCAGAAAAACCAAGUUCAUCAGAAGAAUCAAGCAGUAGCGAAGAGAAAUCUGAUGAAAAAUUGCCAGAAGCUUCAGCUGCAUCACCAGUACAAGCAUUGCCACAAGCUGAAAAGAAAAUCGAUUUAGCUGAUGCUCAAAAACCAGUAGCACUUGCUGAAGAACCACAAGCUGAACCUGGCAAAGUUGUUGCUGAACUCAAAGCCGAAAUUCCAAAAGAAGAAGUUCCAGUUGUUAAAUCUGAAUUACCUGUAGAAAGUGCACGUAACGCUGAACCAGAAAAAUUACCAGAACCAGAAAAACUACCAGAAGCUGAAAAGAAAGCUGAAUUACCAGCUGAAAAACCCGCAGAAGAAAAAUUACCAGAAGAACCAAAAGCUGCUGAACCACUCCCAGCCGCUGAAAUUAAAAUUGCUGAACCAGCUCAACCAUUAGAACCAACAGCACUUCCUUCAGUUGAAAAACCAGCUGAACCAGCAGCAGCUAUUGUUCCAUCCGAUGCCAGUGAACGCGUUGUACGCGAAGCAGAAGAAAAAGCCAAGGAAGAAAAGAAGGAAGAAAAGAAAGAAGAACCAGCUGCAGCUUUACCAGCAUCAGACGCACAACCAGCCAAAGAAGAAUUGACACCUGCUCUUCCUGCUGAAAACAAACCAGCUUUAGCUGAUGUAGUCGCCAAACCAGCUGAACCUGAACCAGCUAAAGAAGAAGCACCAAUUAGCACAGCUGCUGAAAAGAAAGAAUUAUCUGAAUUGCCAAAAGAAAAGAAACCACUCCCAGCUACAUUAGCAGCUAAUAGCGAACCAGAAUCAAAAUUGCCAGAAUCAAAACCAGAAGAAACAAAAUCUGAGCCAAUCGCUGCUGAAGCACCAAAAGCUGAAGAACCAAAACUUGUAGCCGAAUUAUCUGAGCAAAAACCAGCAGCCGUCGCUGCAGAACCAGCCGCAAUUGCACCACUUAGCGAAGAAAAACCAGCAUUAGUUGAAGAAAAACCAAGUGCUGAACCAGCCGCCAUUGCUGAACAAAGUGCAGCUUCAUCAUCUUAAAUAUUUCCCACGGAAAAGGGAAACCCAACUUAUUCUCCCCAUAUCAUUUCAUAGAAUUGCGUCAAUCGUGUUCUCUGUCAUUACAUCAUUAUCAUGCCCUCAUGACUUCCUAGAUCAAAUAUCAUCGCAUCAAAUUCUUUCCCAAACCUCGUUUUCAUUUUAAAUAUAGUUAAAAUAAAUAUACUUGUCCCCGUGUCCUCAAGCUGUUGUUCGCGAACAUGAUAUUUACUAACAACAUUAUCGCCAUGAACGAUAUCAGACCGUGCCAUCUCAACAAUGCAAGUGGUGCGGAAGACUCGAUAAUUAUAGUUUUAGUAAUAAUAUUU